AUGAGAAAGCGAAGUAGAGAGAGAGAGAGAGACAGAGUAAUCAUACUCAGAGCCUUUAAUGUUACAGUUACUGUGAUAAUGCUAUUCAAAAAGGCGCUGGUAUUGAAGAACGAGGAAGUCUUCGAGAAUAGCGAUGGAGCAAAAAGUCCACAGAGCUCACAAGAUGGAGGUCGAAUGUCCAUGAAAUCAAUGACUAUGGGAUCUUUGGCCCAAAGUUGGAACGAUGGGUACACAGAAGAAGAUAAUUAUGAAGAUCAAAUGGAGGUCGACUCAGAAGAAGAUAAGAAAGAGAUUCAAGAUCAAUUUAUCCCAAAUCUGUAUUCAAAUAGGCAAGAUGACCCCUAUGCGAAGUACGGAAUAGGAGCUCUGCUUUUGAUGAAGAUGGGGUAUGAGAAAGGUAAAGGAUUGGGUGCGAAGCAAGAGGGUAUUAUUAACCCUAUUGAAACCAAGUUGAGACCACAGGGUUUAGGUGUAGGAGGAGUAAAAGAAAGAGUGGUGGAUAAUAAUAGUGUAGGUGAAGCAGAUCUUGGCAUUGAUUCUAGUGAUGAUGGGGAGGAUGUGGAUGUCCUCCCCACCUACGAUAUUUACCAGGUAAUCGAAAAGCUUGAGAGAUUGGACAUAGAAGUACCGAUCAAAUACAAACAACUAUGCGAUGACAUAUCUAAUGCAUCACCAGGGGAAAUUGAACAGUCUUUUAACACGCUAUCGAAAUUUCUUACGGAAGUUCAAGACUUAAUCCAAGAAGAAAAGUAUCUAGAAUAUGAGUUGACUAGUACCAAUAAAGAUGUAGAAGAAGUACGACAGGAGAUAGUAGUUGCUGAAAAAUCACUUGAAAUACUAGAAAAUGUGUCAAGUCUGUCCAAUGAUGAUGUAACCAAAGCGUUAGCAGAACUCCAGGAGUUGGAAUCUACCUCGAAAGGCUCGGUGGAUUUGGAAAGUUUUGCAAUAACACUAGUUCAUGGAAAUAUACAGACCUGUGAUCCGGAGACUCUAGCCAACUGGUGCAAAACCUACAAAAGUAUCAUACGCUCAGAAGACAAAGAAAGUAUAUCUCAAUGGGAUAAAUUGAUGGUAGAGACAAAGAUAUUACCAGAAUACCGUGAGAUAGAUUCCAAAUCGGAAAUAAUAGAUUUAUUAAGUAAAUGGGAAGAGAAUUCUAAUUCCAUUCUUAUUUCACCGAGCUCAACAAUUCUGAAAUUUAUAAAGGAUAAUGUUAUUCCUGAAAUAUGGGAUAAUAUCAAGAAUUUGAAAUUGGGAGAAGGGAACAGCGCAAAUUUGCUAUACAUAAUAGAGUACUUAUCUCUUCUUCCAGGCGGUGGAGAACAAGUUAUUGAAAAAAUCUUUCAAAAGUACAAACUAUACUUGGAAAAUAUAUGGGAACAGGAAGAUUCUGAAAGUAUAAGGGAGGAAUUGCAUCUUUUAUUCAAGUUUUGGGAUACUAUAUUCCAACAGUAUGGAUUUUCUUUAAGGAAAGAAAGACAGCAGAUGAUGGAGGACCUGAUAUUUCGACUUACGCAUCAGGAUGAGGACAGCAUUUUUAAAUUUUUGAUUAUUCUGAAAGCUUCCGCUGAAGAAGUGGGAAUAAUUAUCGAAAUAUUAAUUCAAUUUCAAGUCUUCAACCCAUGGCAUAAGGAAUUGGAGAAACUUUCUACUCUAGAGCGUGUGGCAAUUAUCAAGUACUGGUGCAAAUGGUGGAAAUCACACGCUGAAGAUGUCCAUUCAUUUGAGCACUUGAUUGAGUGGAAUUUAAAUUUUGCAAUUAACGCCUUAGAAUCGGAUUAUCCAUUGGAAUUGCCUCUGCUUGAAGGCGAAAUAGUACCUACUUCUUCCCAAAUUAUGCAGUAUAUCAAAUCCCGUAGGAACAAGACUAGCUCUCCUGUGACAAAUGCUAAUAGUGUACCUUCGUACCAACUUCUUACAUCGUUUAAGGAUUUGGUUGAAGACUAUUGUGCUACCCACAAUAUACUUUUCACUUCUAUGCGGAGCCGUACGAACUUGGAUCACCAAUCGUACAAAUUUUCAAAUGAGCAAGGAAAAAGCGUCGUAGGAUACAUAGAAGACGACGUUCUUUGGGUCAGUGUCAACUCUGAAUAUUUACCAAUUAGCUUGUCGGAGCUAGAGGGCUGCCUUGAUAAAUAG